UUUCAGCACUCGGCUCUGUGCUUGGUUUCAAGGUGUAAGAAGAAGGUUGCUGCCUCCAAGAGGAUCACAAUCCAUCAAGCACCCAGAGUCCUCACGUUGUGUCUGGAAAGGGCUGACCAAUGGACUGGCAAGAAGAUCAGCAAGUUUGUGGACUAUCCGGAGUACUUGGAUCUUCGGCCAUACAUGUCUGACACAGCUGGAGAACCCCUCCUCUGCUCUUUAUAUGCCAUCGUGGUGCACAGUGGUGACACCUGUCUUGAAGGACACUUUUUCUGCUACACAAAGGCCAGCAAUGGACUGUGGUACAAGAUGGACGAUGAGUCUGUGGAUAGUUGUGACACCCAUACAGUUCUGGGGCAGCAAGCAUACUUGCUGUUCUAUGCCAGGUGCUCCAAUUUGAAAAUGGGAGAAAUGGCAGCUUCCUCACCAGCACCGUCAUAUGCCCAUUCCAUCCUCAGUCAGACGAGGAGCAGCAGUGAGCAGGCAGGUUCUGCAGGACCACAAGCUCUGCCUGGUAGGAUUAAGGUGACACACAGCCAAAGGAACAGUGCCAGGGAGAGGUCCCAGAGCAGAUCCCCACAGUGCAGCAAUGAUCUCUGCAGCUGGUUCAUGAACAGCACUGACUACGACAACUCAACAGGGAGGAGGAAGAGAACUAGUUCUUUAGGCUGUAACCACACUGCCAGGGAUAACACAGCUCCAGGGCUCUCCAACUGGAUCUGCCAGUGGACACCUGCACCCAGUGCUGCUUGGGUGCAAACCCUGCCAAUACAGAGAUCCUCAUGGCAGGGCUAUGAUCUCUGGAGCCAGGUUGUGGAGAUUACAAACUCUCAUCAAUCAGUGAGGAGGUUUGAGCAUCGCAGAGAUGCAUGUCAGACAAACACAGUAUGAUGAGGCCAGACUGUCAGCCUGGAUGAGGGAGCAGCACAGCAUGAACAAAAUCAACACUCGAUUGGAAUGAAGAGGCGGAAAAGCCAAAACCAGAAUUAAACCCCGUUAUUGGCCUGUGGAGGACCAGGCCUAAGCAUGUUUUGCCUUAAACAUUCUGUUACAACAGGAAAGGUAACUGGUGGAGAGGGUCCUGCAGAGCAGGGGCAUCAUGUUCUGAACCAACUUCCUGCUCCACCUUGAGACGCAUGCUGUUCCAUCCCCAACUAACUUGCAGGAGGAGUGCCAAAAGUGCUGGCUGUGCAUGUGGAACACAACAGCACAAAAAAUCUAUUUUACAUAAGAGGCUGCACCAGGUUAACUAGGAAAGGAAGUGGAUUGAACCCCCCGGCUCUUUUUCCUCUCUUUCUCUUUGUCUCGCAACCUCAGCUUCAGACCCACGUGGCAGGACCAACGUGGGAUCUACAGACUGGUGAUAUUCUUUGUUCUCUCUCUCCCUUUUCUAUCUUUAUUUCUCUCCUCUCUGGCUUUGUGUGGGCAAAGCACGGCUAUGAUAUUCUACCCUGUGCUCCAUGUUGAAGUUUGUUUUGGGAGUGGGGAGCUUGUGGAAGUGUGUUGUUACUUGUGAGCCAGCACCUUUGAGGAGCUUCUUGUGGGAGCUGAGAACUUACUGAAGUGUAUUGUACCGAAUCUAAGGGCUUGUUUGGCUCCACUCUUGCAGAAGUGUGUUAUAAUAAUUUAAGGGCUUGUUAGCCCACAUCUUUUUAAUCUA